UCGCGUCCGUUUAUUAUCAUCUAUUUAUCGUCAACCUCGUUCCGGGUUUCUCUAUUGUAAAUAAAUCAAUACGGGCCAUUUUGGUGUGAUUCCGACACCAGAAAUUCGGUCGAUCUAAAAUGAAUCCAGUACAAUGAACCCUAAAACAAUUAUUAAUCAUCGAUUAAUAUUUUAAUUUCAACUCAAAAAAAAACGAAAUUUAAGAAAAAGACGUUUCGGAAAUCAUUUUUUUAUUGCAAAUUGGGUUAAUCCUUUUUUUUCUCUCUCUCCUGCAAAAGAAUCAACCACCGAAGAAGGGGGCAGGUUAGCAAAGAAAAUGGCGAGCGCAGGUCACGUCCUGCUGCUACUUCCCUAGAAAAACCAAACCCAAAUUGAAACGACUUCAUUCCUAUUUGUAUUAUUCAACAUUUUAUAGAAAAAAAAGUUAAAAUGCAAGGAACAGAUACUAUUUCAAGUACAUCGGAUCACCGAUUAGCUUUGGUCCACGAAAUGAGUUCUCAUAAUUUUGAUUUGAUUCGAUUUGCUUCUUAUCGUACGGCCACCAAAUUAAGGUUUAUACAAAAAAAAGUCAGUCUUCAUGCUUUAGAUAUAUGGAAUGUAAUCGAAGCGUUCCGCGAACAAGGUUUACAUGCUUUGGAGCCUAGCUCUGAAUUGAGUGUAGCCCGAUUAGAGACUUUAUUGUGUUCAUUGUAUCAUAGUUUAAAUAAAAGGGCUCCUCCAACUCAACAGGCUCAUGUUGAUGUUUGUUCGAGUUUAUUGUUAAAUUGGUUAUUGGCGGCUUAUGCUACUGUAGAUAAUGUUGGGAAAAUAAGAGUAUUUUCCAUCAAAGUUGCUUUGGCUACUCUUUGCGCUGGAAAGUUAAUGGACAAAUUGAGAUAUAUUUUUUCUCAAAUUUCUGAUGCUAACGGUCUCCUUCUUAGUUGGAGGUUUAACGAAUACUUACAAGAAGUUUUAGCUCUUCCUGCUGCAGUGUAUGAGUCACCUACGUUUAAUUUUACUGAUACAUUAGCUUCAUCCAUUUUUAGUCCAAACGCUAAAAUAACUGUAAAUGAUUUUUUGGAUACAAUGAUGUCAGAUCCAGGACCUCCUUCUUUAGUGUGGUUACCACUUUUACAUAGAAUAGCUGCAGUUGAAAAUAUAAUUCAUCCUUGUCAAUGUGAUGCAUGUCAACGAGAAAACUUUUCUGGUUUUCGAUACCGUUGCCAGAAAUGUCCGCAUUAUACGCUGUGUCAAGACUGUUUUUGGAGAGGUCGCGUUUCCGGGCCUCACGCUUUAGAACAUAACGUCAAAGAAUAUUCAUCUUUUUCUCCUAGUAAAACUAUCGGCCAGUCACUUCGUAAAUCAUUCAGAUGUGUUCCGGAUAAACCAAAAAAUAAUCUUCCACGUUUCCCUGAACAACCAGAAAAACCACUUAAUCUACAACACAUUGUGCCUGCCUCUCCUUUGCCUUCACACAAUGGUUUUCCAGACGGCAAUUUUUCCCAUUUUGAUGGAAUGGGAAGUUUAGACAGUCGUUCAACCGUUAGAAGCUUGGAUAGCGCACGAGAUGAUGAACAUAGGUUAAUAGCAAGAUACGCCGCAAAAUUAGCGCAGGAACAGCGAACGGGCAUGCAUCGAGCGGGCCUAAGAAAAAAUUCCUUAUCACCAGAUACGGGGCGCGUUCCAUCUGAGGCUUGUCUUGGAAUGGACUCUACGCGAGCUCAACGCGAAUUAAUCACCCAACUAGAGGCGAAAAAUAGAGAAAUAAUGCGGGAAAUCGCAAGACUGAGAAGACAGCAAGAAAUGGAAUCCAGUGGUCAUGGAGGCGAAAAUCCUGCUUUAAUGAACGAAUUAAGAGCUUUACGUUUACGCAAGGAUGAAUUAGAAAGUCAUUUAACAACGUUACAAGACUCCAGAAGACAACUUAUGAUUCAACUUGAAGGUUUAAUGAAAAUGUUAAAGAAUCAUCAAGCUUCACCUCGAAGCACUCCAAAUUCUUCCCCGCGUAGUACAAAAUCACCGCCGAUUCCACCGGGUCCCGCUCCGUCGACAAAUCAAGGACCUCGAAGUGCUCCUCAAACGCCAAUGGGGAUGUCCCCAACUGGUCAAGGUAUUGGAGGAGUUGGAAAUCCUUUAAUUCCUAACGAAAGAAACUCUCACAUUCCACAUAACCAAGGAAUGGUUCCUUCAAUGAUGGUUAUUAAUAAUUCAAAUGGUCCUAGUGAUCCUAGAAACGAUAGGGUUAUGCAUGGAAAUGAGUCUUUGAUGGGUGUUGGUGGUGAUGUUAGAAAUGCUUUUGGUGGAUCAACAUCAAUGAAUAUCGGGGGAAGUAAUGGAAAUGGUACACCAGGUUCCGUUGGAAGAUCUUUAAGAAACGAUCUUUUAGUGGCAGCUGAUUCAGUGACAAACGCGAUGUCGACUUUAGUAAGGGAGUUAAACUCAGAAUCUUCAAGUCUUCCUCAACCUACAAAUAUUCAUAAUAGAUUUUUGGAUUUCGAAGAUGAUGGUGAAGACGAAUCGGAUGGCGGUUGGCAACAAGAACUUCAACGUAGAUACGCUCAAGAAGCAAAUUUUAUGGCUGAAUUACAAGCGAGACAUCCACAAAGUCCCCAAGAGAAUAAUCACAGUCAAAAUUAUGGAAAUCAAGGAUAUCAAAGUCAAAUUCCAAAUGCGAGUCAUCAUAAUUUUACGUUUCAACAAGGAUUUAUGACUCAUUAUCAACAGAAUGAUAACGGUGAUCAUCAAACUGUAAAAACGCCUAAAGAUUCGAAAAAUUUUAAUGAUGCGACAUCACCGCACGAAGGAAAAUCUAAAGAGACACUUGAGUGGGAGGAAGCUCUUAAAAAUUGGGUUAAUCGAUAAAAAUGUGAAGAAAAAAAAAAGAAUCGAAUGUUGGUGAAAAUUUUAUAUUUUAAUUUAAUUUCAAAUUACUUUUUAAUCCUAAAAUUCCUAAACAAUCGUAUUAAAAAAAAAAAAAAUGAUGAAGAAAAGAUGUAUUUCCUGACCAAGUAAAUAAUAACCCCUAACUUAUUCAUUUUUGUACUUUAUACAUUUUACAAUUUGCAUAUUAAAUAGAAUCAAGAAAACAAAAAAAAUCAUUUUAACGUUAACAUUUUUUUUUCUAUUUAAUCAUGAAACUCAUUGAUAACGCUUAAAAUAAAAAGAAAACGCAUUGAAAAACAAAUUAGUACACACAUAUACUAAUAAUGAUACAUAUCGACACAAAAAUCCGUUUCGUUGGUCAACUAUGUUUUUGUCGAUACUUAAGAAAUUAUCAGAGUGAAAAUUAUAGCAUCAUUAUGCCAGUAUCACAUUAUUCUUGCAUAGAUUUUAGAUAGAGUAAUGAAGCUAAAUGAAACGAAAAACUAAAGAAAUAAAUGUUUUUAAAAAAAUCAAACAAUACUUAAUUAUACUUUUUUUUAAAUAUUUUAUUAACACUGUUUUAUAGCAAAAUUAUGAACACAAAGUUCAUUCAGUUGUUAGUCUGCUAAUAUAUAACUUUGUGAUGUUUAGUGAGGCCGCUAUAAUAUGUGCUGUUCCAUAUUGUAUCGAUAUGGUAUCAAAUGUAGCACCGCGGCAGCAAGCAACCUUGGCUUAAUUAUAUAUUAUAGUAUGUUCUUUAAUGUUGGUUAUCUCAAGGCGCUACAAUAUGUGGUGUUUAAUAUUGUACCGAUAUGGUAUCAAAUGUAGCACCGCGACAACGAGCAACCUUGGCUUAACUAUACAGGGUGUCUCACGUAACUGGUUCGUUAG